AGACCACCCACCCAAACCCAGCAACAGCGCCAGGAGCACCUGGGGGAGGCAACCCAGCCAGGCAAGAAGAGCGCGCGGCUUCUUUUCUCCCCGCUCCUCCUCUCUCUCUCCCCGCGCCCCUAUAAAUACCACUAAUCUCCCCCCUCCCCUUCUUCGCAGUCACACAGAAGAAGAACAGAGAGCACAGCUCGAUCUGAGUUACACAGCAGAGAGAGAAAACAGAGAAGGCAUAGCCGCAAAGCACAGAGAAUCAGAGCCAGAGAGAUCGAGAGAGAUCUCCAGAGAUCUGUGUGCUGGUUUAAUCGAUUAUGAGGCCGGUGAUCAGAGGAAGCGGGGUGAUGGCGGUGGGAGGCGGCGGCGGCGACGGGACGGUGCAGGCGCCGGUGGGCCACGGGCACCCGGCGGGGCUAUGGAGGACGCCGACGCCGUACCUCUUCCUCGGAUUCGCCGUCAUGAUGGUGCUCAUCGCGGUGGCGCUGCUGGUGCUCGUCUGCACCCGUCGCAAGCCCUCCUCCUCGCGGCGGCCGGGGGAGGACGAGGAGGCGGCGGCGGCGGCGCGGGCGAUUGCGAUGGCGCCGCUGGACAGGGAGCCCAAGGUCGUCGUCAUCAUGGCCGGCGACCGCCUGCCCUCCUUCCUCGCGAGCGCCAGGCCCUUCGCCGCCGGGGAACCGCGCGUGGCGGACGCCGCGUAGGACUGCGCCGAGAUAGCUUGGCCAGGGUCCAUCCAAUUUUGUUCGCGAGAUCUCCAGGACCAUAAAUUUUGGAGGAGUACUAGAUUAGUUUCCGUUUCUUCUUUCUUGUGACUUGUUGGUGUGGUUGAGCGUUGGGCCAGAGUGCCGGACGGCGGCUUUCGGCUUUGAGGGAGGUCCUUUGGAGAAAUGAAUGAAGUUUGGCUAGCUUCCAUCGUUCUUCUUCAA